AUGUCUACGAAUUUUUAUAAUUUGCAAUGGAAGCAGGCUAUCAAAGAGCUCACCCUUCAACUUAACAUGGAAAUGCACCCUCUAGAUGAGAAUCUAGAAACGAAGGGAAUAAAAUAUAAGAGAAGUGAUGUAGAGUGGUUUAAUUACUAUGCUCAUUUAUACAUUCGAUAUAUAGAAUGCUAUAAGAGAUUAGAAGAUAGUUAUGAUUAAAUGAUUAACCCUCAAAAAAGAGUGCUUCUCAAGGAGCUCUUAGAUAAUACAACAUUAAGAAUGAUAUAAGUCAAAAAGGAUUUAAUAUACUAUAAUACGACCACUAAUAGCGUGCGUAGUGAAUAUCCAAAUCUAGAUGAUACACUAAAAGAUUUAAAGAUGACACCUGAAGCGCUUAAAAUUCCUGUUCCUAAAUAUUUGGUUGAGGAUAACUAAGAAGAUAGAGAUAAAAGAAACUAGAUGAUUAAAAAAUUAAUGAUGAAUUUCCACGAAACAACUGCUCCAGAAGAAGAAAUUUUUGUAGAAAGAGCAACAUUUUUUGACAAUAAAAUUGAACAUGCUAUUUGUUGUAUAUAAAAAAAUGAAAGAGGUCGUUAGGGUAUUGAAAGAGCAUUAAUUGCUAAAACUCUAAGAAAGUAAGACCACUAAAGAAUUGAAAAAAAUAACAAACUGAGAUAAGGACAUGAUAUUGGAGAGGAGACUGAAAGAGAAGCUGCUGUUUUAGUAGUUUAAAAAUACUAUAAAGGAUUUAAAUCAAGAGAAAAGGUUUACUUCAUGAGAUAAUAGGAAUUAGAGUUUUUAGGAAUAAUCAAAAAACCUACUGACCCCAAUGAUCCUAAUUCAGAUGAGUACAAGUAGAGAAUAAAUAGAGAAGAAGUCAAAAAGAAAUAAAUCGAAGCAAAUAAAAGUUAUAAAUAAGCAAUUGAAGACAUAAAAGCUGAUUACUUAGAAUUCUGGGGUGAUGAAAUAAGAGAUAAAAUGCUCCAAGAAAGAAGGGAGUGGAUUCAUGAUUUCCUUAAUAAAAGGGAAUUCAAAGGUCUCCCUAAAAAGGCAAAAGAAUUUUAUGAUAAAGAUAAAGUUGCUUUACCUCCUACCCCUGAAGAAGAAGAAUUGUAAAGAAUGCUUGAUGAAUAGAAAAAGAAGGAGAAAAAGAAAAAGAAAGAAGCUAAGAAAGCAGGCAAAAAGGGUAAAAAGAAAAAACUCUCAGAAAGAGAAGAAUUUUUAAAAGAAAGAGCUUGCAAAGGUCCUUCUGAAGCCGUUCUCAAAAUAUAGGAAAAAAUAGAAAAGCAUACUUAAUCUUGGGUCAAUCAAAAAGAUAAAGUUACUGAAUUUGAUGAAGAAAUGAUAAAAGAUGCAGUAUUACCUGAAGUAGAAGAAAAUAUCAAGACUCUUGUGGAUGAUAUGAUAGAUAUGGAGUUGGCCAACAUGAGACUCAGAUAUAAAAUCAAGAAACCCAAGAAAUCCAAAAAGAAGAAGAAAAAGAAGAAGAAGAAAAAAAAAGCCAAAAAGGUGCCAGGAAUGAAAUAAAACAAAAACAGAGAUCCAAGAGAUAUGCUGGCAGAACUGAUAGAUUGCGGCAUGGUUAAGUAUCUUGAAAAAGCUAAGAUGGAUGAUUUGAUUGGAUCUCCAAAUUAUCUUAGAAUUACUUAAGAGGCUAAGCAAGAAUUAUAGCCUGAUCCUAGUAUGUUUGAUAUCAGAAACUAUUUGGUUGAGAAUCUCGCUAUUCCAUUGGGUACUCCUUACAUCAAAGAAAAUUUGGAAAGAAUGAAUUUUUUCCACUUCUUUGGUCCUCACGGCUCUGGAAAAACAUUAGCAGUAAGAGCACUUUAAUAUGAGACAGAUUCAAUGGUUAUAGACUUGUCUCCUAGUGCUUGGGAGAAACUUGAUGUUGCCUACCACGAUAAAGAGGGUAUAGCAAGAAUUUUGUAUAUGUCAUUUACUGUUGCUAAGAAAUAUCAACCAGCUAUUAUCUAUAUAGAUGAGGUAGAGAAAAUCUUCAAGGCUAAAAAGAAGAAAAAGAAGAAAAAAAGUGGUGCUACCUCUGACCCUCUAGCAGCCCCAACAGUAUCGAUGGCCAAGGUAAAGAAACCACUAAUGAAAUUCAAGAAGGCUAAAUACUUAAAGAAGGAAGAUAGAGUUGCGGUCAUUACACACACUACUCAGCCUUGGGGCUGCUCAAAAAAAAUGCUAAAGAAAUUUACAGAGAAGAGGGUUUACUUCCCAUAUCCAUCGUAUGGAAAUAGAAAGAACUUAGUUGAGUUUUUCUUAAGAAAAUUUGGUUUCUAGUUUGAUCAUAAUUUCCCUACCUCUACACUGGCUCAUGUUACAGAGGGGUACACUCCAGGAAAUUAUUUCGAGGCAUUCUAAAAGGUUUUGACUGAGCGCAGACUUCUACAAUUGAAGGAAAGGCCUAUGACUAUAAAUGAGUUUAUCGUCCCUCUCUCUAAUCAACCUAAUACAUAUCUUCAGGAAUAUAUUAAAUUUAGAGAAUUUUGGGAUGAAAUUUCUGGAGUCAAAGCACGCAGAAAGAAGAAGCUAAAUCCCGAUGGCGAUGAUGAUAAAAAAGGAAAGAAAGGGAAAAAAGGUGGUAAAGCUAAGAAAAAGAAGAAAUGA